GAAAGCAGCAUAUGUUGUCCUCUCCUCUUCCCUUAUGUACGCAAACCAAAUCUUCAUCUCUUCGGCUACAAUGUUCAUAACAGAGUUUCCGUUUCUACCAAUUCCUUUUGUCUUUCAUUUUAGACGUCCUUGCGAUGCUAACCCUAGACGAUGAAGCUCGUUUUACACCGAUCAACAACUUUACUAUUUUUCGAUGUCCCAGGAGUCAAGUCAUUGUUCUUAGUUUCCUCAAGAUCUUGAACUCUCCUGAUUUGUAAAUCUUUCACCUACCUUCGGUAACAAUUUUGAGAAAAACCUAGAUCUAGGUUUUUCUCAAACCCAUAUCUGGGUUUCAUCACAGACAUUCCCAAUGUUGCUUUGCCUCUACUUUAUUGUCACUUUCAUUAUCAUCCAUUUGGUUCUUGAUUCCUUUUGGCAGGCUGUAGGAUUAGGUUUUCGAUAACCAAUUCCAGUUGUUUGAUACAACAAGCUCAGACGAAACAUCGAUGGUGUCAUCGAAGAGUUCUAUGCUCGAUUCACUUCUUUGCUGGAGUUUUCUCAAACUUCUGGUGAUCUUUCCUCAUCAACUCUCACCAUUUUCCUUUCCUUAUCAACAAAUUGUUACAAUACGCCAUUGCCUACUUUUAUUUGGGUUUGAGAAAUUGAAGAGUCUACUUGAUUCACUUCUCUGCUUGAGUCCAUGUGAUGUAGUGCUCACAACUGUUAUUUUGUGGUUCUAUUGUUUGGAAUUUGUCAUGGCAAAGAUGCUCUUUCUAAGGUAUUUGGUUUGGAUUUUUAUAGAUCUACAAAUAUAAGGUUUGGUUUGGAUUUAAACCAUGGACUACAAAUAAUGUGAUGCAAUGCUCAAAACACAUUAUUUUUGCAGAUCUGGGUUUGAGAAAGGAUAAGAAAAAACCUUUCUCUUGCCAUAACAGUGCUGGCAAAUCUAGCGGUGAUUGUGAAAGGGGAUGAUGAGAAGAUUCUGGUGAAGAUGGUGAAAGGGAAGGUUUACAAUUUCAAGGAGCUUUUUUUCCAAGAGGAAUUCAUUGGUGGCGCAUGCAGUGGGGUUUUGAGACUACCAGUCUUUUAUUCUCGCCGCAACUAUCUAUGAGCCGCUUGGUUUUGGGACCACUAGAGGGAAGGUUAUGUAGAUGAAGAAGAUUGCCUCUUUUCUCGCUCAUGUCGACGCCAAAACUUCUUGUGAAUAUUGUCUAUUUCUGUUUUGAAUUUGAUCCAUUGUGAAGUUCAGUAUGCAUUUAGCUAGAUCUAGCAACUCUUAGGUAUAGAAAUUUUGUUUGGCUGCGAGGAAAGUGGUAGGAACUGAGAAAAAUUAUUAUUUGAUUUUGGGAUUGUUUUGGGCCACAAUUUUUAUUUCCUAAAUAAUUCUCUUAAGAACAA